ACAGGCUUGGCCCAAGGGCUGAGCCCUGUGGUACUCCUGAGUCAACAGGGACUGAUGUUGAAUUGCAUCCUUCUGGUACAACAGUUUGUGUUCUUCCACUCAGCCAGUUUUUUAUCCACCUGUUUGUGUUGCCUUUUAUUCCGAAAAUUGAACUUGCCCAGGCUUGUGGUUUGAUCAUGAAGACUGAGCAGAAUUUUAAAUCAUUUAAUAUACUCCUGUAAUUUCAUCAGUAGAUUUUUGACUGUAUUGGUCAGCUAUAACAGCAUGUCUGGAGAGAAAGAACCACCAAAGAAGAGAAAGAAAGUAGAAGAUAAAGGAGAUUAUGAGGAUAAAAUUGAAGCCAAUAAAAAGAAGCGGUUUGAUUAUCUGCUGAAACAGACUGAGCUGUUCUCCCAUUUCAUACAGACUGGUAACAAAGAGGAGGAGGAUGAACAGGGAACCUCAACCUCUAAAGGCAGAAGGUCAAAGAGCAAAGCUGGCAGACAUAGGUUGAAAGAAAAAGAUGAAGACAAGAUUCUGUUAGACCACUGUAAAGCUGAAAAAGAUGUUGAAAUCUUUGAUAAAUCCCCAUCUUAUAUUCAGGUGGGAAAAAUGAGAGACUACCAGGUACGGGGCCUAAACUGGUUGAUAUCAUUGUAUACACAUGGUAUAAAUGGUAUUCUUGCAGAUGAAAUGGGUCUUGGUAAAACAAUACAGACCAUUGCCUUGUUGGGAUACCUGAAGCACUACAAAAACAUAUCAGGACCUCAUCUCUGUGUUGUGCCCCUGUCUACGGUAGACAACUGGGUGGCAGAGUUCAAUCGCUGGUGUCCAGAUUUCAGAGUGGUUGUUUUGAGGGGAAAUAUUGAAGAGAGGAAACAGUGGAUAAAGAAUGUGUUUAAGGAUGGUAAAUCUUGGGACGUCUGUAUAACUAAUUAUGAAAAAUGUACAAUAGAAAAAACAGCCUUGAAGAAAGUCCACUGGAGUUAUCUUGUUGUGGAUGAAGCUCAUAAAAUCAAAAAUGAGAACACACUGAUUUCUGUGAUAAUCAGAAGCAUCAAGUCCACCAACAGACUGUUACUGACUGGGACACCUCUACAGAAUAAUUUGCAUGAGUUAUGGGCCUUACUGAAUUUCCUGUUGCCUGAUGUAUUCAACUCAUCUGAGGAUUUUGACAGCUGGUUCAGUUCAGAAAGCUGCUUUGGUGAUGGAGAACUGGUGAAACGUUUACAUGAUGUUCUGAGACCAUUUCUGCUGAGAAGAAUUAAAGCAGAUGUUGAAAAAAGUCUGUUACCAAAGAAAGAAACUUACAUAUAUGUUGGUCUAAGUGCCUUACAGAGAGAAUGGUAUACCAAGAUUUUACUGAAAGAUAUAAACAUUGUAAAUGGUUGUGGAGAAAACAAUAAGAUGAGAUUGUUAAAUAUUCUGAUGCAGCUGAGGAAAUGUACUAACCAUGCCUAUCUUUUUGAGGGGGCAGAGCCAGGUCCUCCUUUUACUACGGACUUACAUUUAGUAGAUUCAUGUGGGAAAAUGUCUGUACUACAUAAAUUACUACCCAAGUUACAGAAAGAAGGUCAUAGAGUCCUAUUAUUCUGUCAGAUGACAAGGAUGAUGGACAUUUUAGAGGACUACAUGUUUUGGCAGGGAUAUGAAUUCUGUAGACUAGAUGGAAGCACUGCCCACUCAGAGAGAACAGAAGCUAUCAAUGAGUUUAACAAGAAAGACAGUACAAAGUUUAUAUUCCUGUUGAGUACCAGAGCUGGAGGACUUGGUAUUAACCUGGCUACAGCUGAUAUUGUUAUCUUCUAUGACUCAGACUGGAAUCCACAAAGUGACUUACAGGCUAUGGAUAGAGCACAUAGAAUUGGACAGACAAAACAAGUACAAAUCUUCAGAUUCAUUACUGAAAAUACUGUGGAGGAGAGAAUUAUAGAAAGAGCGGAGAUGAAACUGAGGCUUGAUAGGAUUGUUAUUCAACAAGGGAGAUUACAACAAGAUUCUAAAAAGUUAGAUAAGAAGAACAUGUUAUCUAUGAUACAACAUGGAGCCAGACAUGUGUGUGCCUCCAAAGAUUCAGAAAUCACAGAUGAAAAUAUUGAUCAGAUUCUAUCCAAAGGAAAAACAAAGACUGAUGAAGUAAAAAGUAAACUGGAUAAGGUUAGUGAUGGUAACAUGAAGUCAUUCUCCAUGGAGGAGGAACCGUUCACAUGUUACAAGUUUGAAGGACAGGAUUAUAGGAAGAAACAGCUACUGUUAGAACCAGAGGUCGUGUUUCAAGAUAAGAGUGAAAGAAGAGCAAAGAGAGAUGCUGUUGAAAGGUCCAAAAUGCUCUCAAAAGUCUCAGAAAAGGAAUUAUUUGAUACAAGUCUUUCUUCCUUUCUUAAGAAAAGGAUUAAUGGUAAAUGGAAGUCAGCCUGCCAUUUCUAUCAGCAGUUCUGUAUAGAAGAAGCCAGAAAACAUGAUUCUCAGGAACUGUACAAGAUGGAUCAUUUCAGUAGAGCUGUUAUAAAAAAGUGGAAUUACCUGACUGUAGAGCAGAGACAGGUUUAUAUUGAUCUGAUGAAAGAAGAUGAAGAUAAUUAUGAGAAAGGGAAGCAACUCAAGAAUCGAUACAAAGAAGAAAUUGUCAACACAAUGGGGAAGAUACAAACAACUUUGGAUAAGCUAGAUAAAGCCACACAAAACAUUGGUUAUUCCACUGUUAAAAUAUUAUGGCCAAGAGAACCUGUAAGAUCUGCAAUCAAGCUGAGUGAAAAAAGAUUAGAAGAAAUUGUACGGGAACAGUUUGACCUUAAUAGGUACAAAGGUUAUUGGAGAUCACCAUUUCACUUUUAUUUACAACAAUGUGUUGAAGAAGCUAGAGUUAGCAGACCUGAAGAUUUAUUAUUGUCUGAAUUUAAUGUGAAGUGUGUUAACCAAUGGUACAAUCUGCCUCUGUCGGAAAGGAAGAGAUUUGAAGGCUGCGCUGGGAAAGAUGACGAAAGAUAUUACAAACAACUCUCCAUGAUGUCCCUGUUCGAUUCAAAGCUUACAGAGCUGAACACGAUUCAAAAGAGGAAACGACUAGAAAGUGCUUGGAAUCACUUUAUGAAAAAAAUGAACUUUGGCCCAACAGAGGAGAAAGUUAAAUUUGAAUCUUAUCAAAGUGUAGUCAGUAUCAUCAAACAGUUACAAUAUAUAACAGCACUUAUAAAUGAAGCAGAAAAUCAGAUGGCAAACAAAGGGAAGCAACUCAACCCAAAGGAUGAGAAGACAGAAAUGGUAUCUAUUAUCAAAAAGAAAUGUUUCCAGGACCAAGAUGUUUGGACAAAAUUCUUGUCCUUUGUCGACCAUUACAUUCAAGGAGAGUUUAAAUACUCUGGUACCUUUCCCUCGGUCACAGACAAGGAGAAUCAUCAACCAGAUACUGGUUUCCAUCCUUGUAGAGUUUGUGGUGAUAAGAGUAUAGGAACAUUCUAUGGAACCGUAGUUUGCCAUAGCUGCAAUACUUUCUUUGUGAAUGCAGUACAGAACAGGCGACAGUAUACUUGUAAUAAGCAGAAGAUGUGUGAUAUGAAUUCCUUAGGAAUUCUCUGUGUGUUCUGUCGAUUCAAAAAAUGUCUCAGAGUUGGAAUGGUAGUGGCUGAUGUUUCCAUACCAGGAGAAAAACUUGAGAUCUUCAGAUAUUCCACAGUAAAUAAUAAUAAAAAGAAAGAAGUAAAAGCAGCAUCUUUUCCCUAUCAAAAUUCUCCUGUAGAAAUUUCUAGUGAUGAAGAUGAACUUCCAUUGACUUCUUUCACAAAUAAAGAAGAUGAUCUCCCAUUGGCCACUUUUACGAGUAAGGAAGAUGAGCUCCCAUUAGCCACUUUCACGAAUAAAGAAGAUAUGCUCCCAUUAGCCACUUUUGUUAAUAAAGAAGAUGAACUUCAAUUAGCUACUUUUGUAAAUAGAGAUAUUGAUGUACUUCCAUUGGUCACAGACAAAGACGAUGAUUUUCCAUUAGCUACUUUUUCAAAUAAAGAGGAUGAAAUCCCAUUAGCUAUGAUUGCUGAAAAAGAAGAUGACCUACCAUUGGCUACUUUGACAGAUAAGGAAGAUGAUCUCCCUUUGACCACUUUAUCAAGCAAGGAAGAUGAUCUCCCUUUGUCCACUUUAACAAACAAGGAAGAUGAUCUCCCUUUGACCACUUUUGUUAAUAAAGAAGAUGAUCUCCCUUUGUCCACUUUAUCAAACAAGGAAGUGAGUUUUACAGACAGAGAUGGUUACCUCCCUUUAGCCAAAUACUCAAACAAAACGGAUGACAAUGGGAAAGUAAUAGCAAAGAUUGUGAAAUAUUCUAAUGUCACAAACCAAACUAAUCUCAACUUAUCUAAGACUGUAGUCGACCAAAGACUUGACAAAAGUACAAAAAGUGGACAGAAGAGAAAGUUAGAAACUUCACAAAAGUCUGAAACUCAAAAUGGAAUGGCAGUUUGUACCAGGGUGAGAGCCUCACCUAUCAAAAAGGCAAAAGAUGAUACUUGCCUGUUUAAUAGUGUUGAAAAAACUAACAAAGCAAGACAGAAGCAGACCAAUCGUAAUAAAUCAGCUUUAAGUUCACCUAUUACUAUAGGAGAUGACAAUUCUAGAGAUUCUGUUGUUACAAUUAACUCUAACAGUGAUAAAUCUAUAACAUUAGAAAUAUUAACUGACAGUGAGUCAGAAGAAAGUGUGAGUGGAGAAGAGGGAACAUCAAAGUUUUUGAAAUUUGAUGUUGAAGUUGUAGGAAUAGAUAGUGAUGAAGAUCUCUAAGAAUCAUGUGUUAGUAACAGUACUAGUAUUAUAAA